AUGCUACGGCAACUGUUAUUACCUCCGGUAUUGCUAUUUAUAGCUCUCGGAGUUCCCUCAAACGCACAAAGCGAGGCGCCGGCGACGGGCGCCGCGGGCGCUGCGGGCGCCGGCAGCGCGGCGUCGGUCGGCGACGUGGCGCUGGAGCUCACCUACUACGACGUGGGCCGCGCCUUCUCCUUCAACUGCACCAUCCCGCGCACCGCGGACGCCGGCGGCUUCGUCUGGAGGAAGAACGGCACCGUGGUGUCGGAAGUGUGGGACCUGAACGAGCGGUACAAGCUGGAGGAGGGCGGCGCCGUGUUCCGCCUCAGCGGACGCUCCGCCGAGGACGACUUCGGCAACUACACCUGCGCCCUCGGCGGCGCCGCGCCCGCGCAGGGCUGGGAACUACGCGGACGCCCGUACGCCAAGCUGCCCGCCAAUACUAACGUCGUCGAAGGACAGAAACUGAAGCUCGUCUGCAGGGUGGUGGGCAAGCCGUACCCCGAGGUGAAGUGGACGGUGGCCAACUCGUCGGAGGAGGGCAACGCGACCGACGUGACGCUGGCGCUGGGCGCGCGCGCCGUGCUGGCGCGCUCGGAGCAGGGCGUGGCGGGCGCCGAGCUGGUGCUGGAGGCGGCGCAGCGCGCGGACGCCGGCGUGUACUCGUGCGUGGCGGCCGACGGGCUGGCCGCCACCACGCUGCGCGUCAAGGACAUGUACGCGGCGCUGUGGCCCUUCCUGGGCAUCUGCGCCGAGGUGUUCGUGCUGUGCGCCAUCAUCCUGGUGUACGAGAAGCGGCGCACCAAGCCCGAGCUGGACGACUCGGACACGGACAACCACGAGCAGUGA